CUACUUAAAACCCUUCACUCCACUUGCAAAAACACACUUACACUUUCUCAUUGUGCUCUUAUCAAUAUGGAUGAUGAAUGUAGUCCUUUCAAUUGGGAUUGUUACUAUCAAGAAGAGGGGCAAGGAAUGGAAGAGUUGAAGCACACUUUAUUGUACACACUAGAGUUGGAAACAACAAUUGCGUGUGUCCAUGAAGAGAUUACAAGAAAACGAGAUGAGGUUUCGCAUUUCAAAUGCCUUUUGUCAAAAACUAUCAAAGAGAGAGAUGAAGCCCAUAUGAAAUGUCAAGGGUUAGUUAUGGAGAACAUCAUUCUCCAACAAAAGAUUCAAGAACUAGAAGCCCAUUCAUCUUCUUUUGUUAGAACCACUCCCAAUUGCUACUUAGAAGAUGACCCUAACUUAGGGGUAGAUUCGUCUUCAGGCUCCGAUGAAAGCUUUGCUGGAACACAAGGAAUCGAAAGGGUUCCAUUGUCACUACAGCCUCCAACACAAAAACCACAAACAAUAGUUGUUGAUGAUAUAAUACUGAAAAAAGGAUUGCCAGAAAAUGGCAAGUUCUUGCAAGCAGUAGUGGAAGCGGGCCCAUUACUUCAAACUCUGCUUUUAGCAGGCCCGCUUCCACAAUGGCAACACCCUCCACCACAACUCAACUCAAUUGAGAUCCCACCAGUGACCAUCCCAUCCAAUUCAACCACCACACCCCGAAUCCUCCUCCAUCAAGACUCUUGUGUAAGCACAAUCAUUAGUGGUGGUAGCAAAAAUAGCGGAGGUGGAGGGUUGGUCACUACUAAGAAAAGAGGUUUAGAGGAAAAAUACGAGGAAAUUGACUAUGAUUCUUACACCAACACCAACACUAAGAACCAAAAGGUUGUUCACCAAUCAUCAUUGACCAACAUGUAGUGACUAGUGAUUGAUUCCCUCUUACCAUAUAGCCACAAAAUAUGUCAAUUUCCAUCAUUUUCAUUAGGCUUGGAAAAAGUUUAUUAGGAUGAAAGGGAUGGACAUGAUGAAUCCUUUGUUUUUUCCCCUUUUAGAGUGGGUGUACAUUAAUUACUUUUAUCCUUAGAACUUAAGUAUCCUAAUUAACUAUUGUUAGCAAAAAAGAGAGGGCGCAAUCAAACCCUUGGAGCCUCUAUGUUUGAUUGAGGGCUUUCCUUUUUACAUCAUUUCCACUAGCUACUACUAAAAACCUUAUUUUAGUAAUUAAGAUUGGCAUUCGUAUU